CCGCAGCUCAACACUUUUUUUUCUUCACGCGUUGGAAGGACUUUUUUUUUUGCUGGCUCUCUUUGACGGCAACAACGAAAUCAACUUGUAAGGUUUUUUUCUCCAUUCCUGACAAAGAACAAACGUGGUUCUUUGUAUACUUUUUUCCUUCUCAAUUUUCGCUUUCUACACUCAAAGAUCCUCAUUUUUCUCGAGAAUUCCACACUCGCUAUGGACGUAGCUUCUCUUCUCGCACAUACACUUUCUGCUGAUCGCGCUCUUCGCGAAGAUGCUACCCAAAAGCUAGAGCUGCUGGCUCAGGAGAAUUAUGCCCAAUAUUCUCUCAUGUUGAUCCAGCAAGUGGCCAAUGAUCAGGUUGACGAUUCCACACGAAUGGCCGCUGGUCUUGCUUUUAAGAAUAGCUUGUCCUCCAAAGAAUAUUCUCGCAAAGAAGAGCAAACUGGACGGUGGCUGGCAGUAGACGUGGACACCAGAAACCAAGUCAAGCAAGGAGCUCUUGUUACUCUCGCCACACCACGAAAAAUGGUUGCCAAUAUUGCUGGCCAGGUUAUUGCUGCCAUUGCAGAGAUCGAGUUACCUCUCCAGCAAUGGCCCGAUUUGAUCCGUAUUGCCCUUGAAAAUGUCACGAACACCGAUAAUGCAGCUUUGAAGAUGGCUACUCUGCAAGCUAUUGGCUAUGUUUGCGAAGCAACGGACCCCUCAUGUUUACAACAACAGUCAAAUGAAAUUUUAACAGCUGUCGUUCAGGGCGCACGGAAAGAAGAGCAAGAUCAGGAAGUCCGUCUUGCUGCCAUUCGUGCUCUUAACAACUCGCUUGAAUUCGUCAAGGACAACUUUGAACGUGAAGGUGAACGUAAUUUCAUUAUGCAAGUCGUAUGCGAAGCUACACAAAGCACAUCAAGCGAAGUUCAAGUAGCAUCCUUUGAAUGUCUUGUGCGAAUUAUGCAACUUUACUACGAUAAGAUGCGUUACUACAUGGAGAAAGCUUUGUUUGGUCUCACUAUCGCUGGCAUGAACAAUCAGCAAGAUGACAAGGUUGUACUCCAAGCUAUCGAAUUCUGGUCUACCGUCUGUGAUGAAGAAAUGGAAUUGAAGGAAGAAGCUGUUGAAGCUGCUGAAAUGGGAGAAGCUCCAGAGCGCAACUUGUACAACUUUGCCGAAUACGCCACUGGCGACAUUAUGCCUGUCCUGUUAUGGUUGUUAACUAAGCAAGAAGAAGAUGAAGACGAGGACGAAUGGAACGUUGCGAUGGCCGCAGCUACCUGCUUGUCGCUUUUCGCUCAGUGCGUACGAAAUAACGUCAUUAGUCCCGUUGUUCCGUUUGUCGAACAAAAUAUUCAAAACCAAGACUGGCGAUACCGUGAAGCUGCCGUCAUGGCCUUUGGUUCCAUCUUGGAUGGUCCCGAAGAGACUGUGCUGAUGCCACUCGUUGACCAAGCUCUGCCUACACUGAUUAACAUGAUGACAGACCCUAUCGUGAACGUCAAGGAUACUGUUGCGUGGACCUUGGGUCGUGUCUCUGAGCUGCUUAUUCAGUGCAUUAAGCCCGAUAUCCAUCUUCGCGACAUGAUCUCUGCCCUUGUGCUUGGCCUCCAGGACAACCCACGUAUUGUCGGCAACUGCUGCUGGUCGUUGAUGAACUUGGCAGAACAGCUUGGCCCUGCCAUUGGCGAAGAAGGACCUACCUCGACCUUGUCCAUGUAUUUCGAAGGCAUCACCUCUGCUCUUUUACAAUUCACCGAACGUGCCGAUAACGAGUCCAAUUGCAGAACAUCUGCCUACGAAGCUAUUUCCUCACUUGCCAUGUUUUCCGCCAACGAUUGUAUCACCAUGGUCCAGAAAAUUGCAUUGACUGUCUUGGAUCGCUUGGACCAGUCUAUUGCCAUGGAAAACCAGAUCGUUGGUGCCGACGAUAGAGCUGAACACAGCGAGUUGCAAUCUAGCUUGCUAGGUGUGCUUACUAACUGCAUCCGUCGUCUUUCUCGAGAUAUUGCCUCUGUAGCCGACCGCAUCAUGACGGGAUUGCUCCACCUUCUCAACAGCACAUCCAAGCAAUCGACCAUCACCGAGGACGCAUUUUUGGCCAUUGGCGCCAUGACAAGUGCUUUGGACGCUGACUUUUCACGGUAUGCUGAGCCAUUUGUCCCCAUCCUGUGUAACGCGCUGCAAAAUCCCGCCGAAUACCAAUUGUGCUCCAUUGCCGUGGGCCUGAUUGGUGAUUUGUGCCGUGCAUUGGGUGAAGGCGUUACCGUGUACUGCCCCACAUUCAUGCAGCUUCUUGUGAAUAACUUGCAGAGUCCCGUGUUGCAUCGCACCGUCAAGCCUAACAUCCUCUCCUGUUUCGGCGAUGUCGCGUUGGCUAUUGGUGACAAGUUCGAGCCCUACUUGGAUGUUGUCAUGAUGGUGUUGCAGCAAGCUGGAAGCAUGCGUGCCGAAAAGGACAAUUAUGAAAUGAUUGAUUAUGUUAACACGCUCCAUGAAGGCAAUGUAGAAGCAUACGUUGGUAUUGUUCAAGGUUUGUCUGGUACACAAAGAGUGGCCGUUCUUCUACCAUACAUGCAGGGCAUCUUCCACUUUAUGCAUGCAUUGGCAGUGGAUCCUAACCGCUCAGAUGCCUUGACAAGAGCAUUAAUUGGUCUUUUGGGUGAUUUGGCUGAUGCAUUUGGUGGACAACUGAAGCAGUUCCUCCAGGCUGAAUGGGUGCCACAACUCCUCCGAGAGGCACGAACUAGCCGCCAUUGCGGAACAUCAACCAAAGAGACCGCACGAUGGGCUAAAGAAAUGAUCAAACGGGCUACACAGUAAAAGAACAAGGACAUCGCAAGCGAUGAACAAAUGCAACGGAAACAAAAAAAAGCUACGUGCUUGUCUUCUAGUAUACUUCUCUAUUAUUUUCCAAGGCUCUUUAGUAGCCUUUCACUUUGUCUCUUUCCCCUCCACCCUUCUACCCUUUGUAAUCAUACGUGUACUUUUGUUUUGUUUUUCUUCCUUUCUUCCCUCCCACUCACACACAUACACACCCACUCUGUUUACCCGCUCCUACUCCCCCAUCCCUAAAACGCUAUACACAUAACAACAACUCACACACAAAUCUCACUCUCACCACACACACACACACACACACACUCUA